AUGAGUAAUAUGAAAUUGAGAGAAUACAGUGCUGAGCUAUCACGCGAAACACUUUUAAACGAUGCAACAAGCAUCAUUGAUUCUAUUCCCAGCUGGCACCAAGGUAAGACUUUCUACAAGUCUACAGGUCAUGUGACUUAUUCCAAACAUAGUGAGAUUAACGGAGACUUUUGGUGCUCAAGACAAACAGAAUUGGAAAACAUUCAUUUGGACCGAUUGCGUAAAUGUAUUAUUGGAACGACGGAAACUGGGUUUACGCACUCUGAUUAUGAGCCACGGUAUGUCCAUGAAAUCAGUAAAAUGGAAGUAGCCAACUUCAAAAACUAUGCAGACGGAUGGAGCUACACUAUACAUGCCGAAUACAGUUUUGGGUUCCCCUUGAGUAUUAGGACAUUUAAUGAGCUCAUUCAUAUUUACGUCGACCCAAAUAAGCAAUGGGCUCUAGUUGUUAGCGUUCCAAUUAAGGACAAAUUAGAUCCCAAAACAGUAUUGGGAAAGUACGUUUCUGUUGAGGAGUUGAAAUGGAGCGACAAUAAAGCCAACUGGCUCGUAGCUACAACUUCAACUGCUGGUGGUAAUAUUCCAGACUGGGCCACAAAGUGGAGCUUAGCUGGAGCUUUAGCUAAGGACGUUCCCAAUGUGAUUGAGUUGUUAGAUAAAGAAGAAUACUUUGACACUAUCGACACUAUCGACACUAUCGACACUAUCGACACUAUCGAGCGAAGCGAGUAG